AUGCUCGAUCCACCCGACGGAGCAGGCCGGACUCUUCGCGACAUUUCGAUUGCCUUUCUGGUGCUGACAUGGGUUGUUGUUAUCCUUCGCAUGUCGGUGCGUAUCUCGAGGAAAUGUGUUGGUGCAGAUGACUGGUCUAUGGUCGGGGGGUUGGCUCUUUUCUCAGUUGUCUGUGCUACGACCAUUAUGUCGGCAUACAAUGGUAUAGGGGCAUAUGAUAACCAGACAUCGCCAGAAACGAAACAGGAGGGACGGAAGUGGUUUUUCCUCUUCCAAGUCUUCUACUGCGCCAACACCGUUCCGAUCAAAUCUUCUAUUUGCAUCAUGCUGAUACGACUCACUCCGUUCGCCGUCUACCGUUAUAUCUUAUACGGCGUCAUCAUCUUUAGCACCAUCUCCGCAUUUGCUAGCAUUGUUGGGAUCGUGGCCCUGUGCACUCCAGUAGCCAGAACAUGGAAUCUUAACCUGCCGGGUCACUGUGGUCCGCCAGAAGUUCUUACGAGAUUGGGAUAUUUCAUCUCCGCCUCAUGCAUCGUGUCCGAUUGGUCGUGUGCCGUCAUGCCCAUAUUCAUCCUUUGGAACAGUCAAAUGAGAUGGUUGAUGAAGAUUUCGGUUGGAGUUGUCCUGGCACUGGGUGUUUUAGCCAGCACUGGAAAUCUUGUACGCUUCCAGUAUGUCAUCGCAUACGAAAAUACAACCAACUAUUAUUACGGGAUCGCAAAUAUCGCAAUCUGGUCGAUCGUCGAAUCGGGAACCGGCAUCAUUGCUGGAUCGACACCUGCAUUGGCGCCCUUGAUCAAGCAUAUACCGAUUAUUGGUAGGGGAUUUAUUAUAACUCCCGAGGGUGGCCAACAGGCUACUCAGAGAAGGUGGCGGCUACGACACAUUACCAACCCUUUCCCUACGAGUUUUAAAACAGAAGAUCAAUCUCGGCCACAGCGGACUUAA